AUGCCAGCUCUUCUUCUUCUUCAGAAACCAAGUUUUAAAUCAAAGUCGAAGGAACAUACUAUCUGUCUGAAGAGACGUUUAUUUCUGUGCGAACUUGGUGAUUUUGAUGCACUCCAUAGUGAAUGCAAAACAAUUCAAUUAACGCUGUCUACAUCGAGAAAGGGGAUGUCACAUGGGAAAUUAUCUAAGACCUUUGCAAGUCUUAUGCUUCGAGGAAAAGUUAAUGCAGCUCUACGUCUGCUGGAUCAGCAAUCUCCGGGUGGUGUACUACCUCUUACGGACAAUGUAUAUGAAAAAGAAACAUCCGACAGCAAACCAGUUGACACCUCUGUCAUGAUGAGUGGUGAGAUACUUUUUGUUGAUCCUGCCUUAAUUGUUUAAUUUGGGAACAUUGACGAAUCAACUAUAUCUGAGCAGCAUUAAAUACCAAUGGUUCUGCUGGUCCUUCGUGGCCUAGAUUGCUCUUGGUUGGCGGCAUAUUCUUGUUUCCCGAAACUGUGAUGGUGUUGGAAAAGAUCUCCGGUCACCCAAAAAGUAGAUAUCCAGGAAAAUCAUCCAUCGAGCAUUGAAGCCCAUUUAUCCUGCCGGUUAAUUCCUCUCGAUAAUUAGAACAAAGGUGUCCGAUCAAUUGCACUUGGAGAAGUUCUGCGACGCAUCAUUGGAAAAGCUAUCAUUUUACGAUCAAACCUCAUAGGGGGGAAAUAUCGUUAUUCAUGAUCCUCGUUUAGGCUACUACCCAAGAGCAGAUAAAUUCUGGUUGAUAGUAAAACUAAACAUUGAGCAAGAAGCGACGAGAUCCGUGAUCUGCUUGGAGCUGCCAUUGACGAGGUUACAUAUGAUGUAUCGAUGGAACCAGCCUUGGCUCCUCUUACUGGUGAAGUUAUCCCGCCGAGCGCAAACACUGUUGAUGACGCCAGGAUCAACAAAGCUGCAAGGGGCUUCUGGCGAAGAUGUGGAAAGGCAUUCUUUGAUGUCCGGGUUUUUAAUCCUUACGCUUCAACACAUCGAUACCAAAGCCUCGCCAGUUCUUUCAACGCAAAUGAAAGGGAAAAGAAGAGGAAGUACUAUCAGCAAAUUGUCGAGAUCGAACAUGGCUCAUUCACAUCUUAGUCUUAGCGUCUUUAGUGGAUCCAGAAGGGAAACCCAUAUUUCCUUUCUUCUUUGA